CCUCUUUCAAAACAUUCCAUUUUCCCCCUUUGUUCUUCCAUCUACUAUAGCUCAUAAAGUAAUCUAAAUUUUUUUUAUAUAUAUAAAUUUUUCAUUACGUACCACACUAUGCCUUCAAGAAUCUCAGAUUCUUUUAGACCUCAUCACUCUCAAAAACACUUUGACUUGAAUUUAAUUAAAGAGUUACCAGAAUCCCAUGCAUGGACAUCAUCAAAUGAUCAUUAUACUCAAGAAAAUUCAUGUAAUUUCGAGUCUAUUCCAGUGAUCGACCUCGAUAACAACAAUAACAAUAAUAAUAAUAAUAUUCUUGAUCAUAUAGGUCAUGCAUGCAAGAAAUGGGGUGCAUUUCAAAUUAUAAACCAUAGUAUAUCAGAGAAAUUACUACAAGAUAUUGAAGUGGCUGGAAAAACCCUAUUUUCACUUCCUAUGCAACAAAAAUUAAAGGCUGCUCGCUCUCCUGAUGGUGUCACUGGCUAUGGCGUAGCUCGAAUUUCGUCUUUUUUCUCAAAGCUCAUGUGGUCUGAAGGGUUCACCAUUGUUGGUUCCCCAAUUGAACAUGCUCGACAACUUUGGCCUAAAGAUUACAACAAAUUCUGUGAAGUAAUAGAAGAAUAUGAAAAGGAAAUGGAAAAGCUAGCAGGAAGAUUAAUGUGGCUUAUACUUGGGUCAUUAGGAAUAACAAAAGAUGAUGUAAAAUGGGCCGUAGGCCCAAAAGGUGAAACCAAAGAAGGAUGUGCUGCCUUACAACUAAAUUCAUACCCGGCAUGUCCGGAUCCGGGUCGGGCCAUGGGUCUUGCAGCACAUACGGAUUCUACCAUAUUAACAAUCCUUCACCAAAACAACACAAGUGGUUUACAAGUUUACCAAGAAGGAAAUGGGUGGGUCACUGUCCCUCCAAUACCCGGGGCAUUAGUAGUUAAUGUAGGUGACUUAUUACACAUACUCUCAAACGGGUCAUACCCGAGUGUUUUACAUCGGGCGAUUGUAAACCGGACACGAUAUCGACUUUCUAUAGCUUAUUUAUAUGGUCCACCGUCGGGGGUGAGAGUCUCACCCCUGUCGAAAUUGGUGGACCAUAGGCACCCACCCUUGUAUAGGGCAGUGACAUGGAGUGAGUAUUUAGGUACUAAGGCCAAAUAUUUUGAUAAGGCACUUUCAUCUGUACGGCUUUUUGUCCCUUUGAGUGGAUUUUCUGAUGCCAAAGAUCAUAAUGGGGUACAAGUUGGAUAAAUUUACUAGUGACACUUACAUUUGAAUUUUAUUUUUAAAAAAAAUAUGUUUCUUUUUCUCUCUUGGUGUCCCUUUUUACUCCAUAUUGGAGGAAUAUUGUUAAUAUUUUUGAGAGAGAGGAGAAUAUAGAUUUUCUUUUCAUCAA